UCAGCCUCCUUCCUCUCCGACCCCCAAACCCUAGCACCGCCUCGAGACCUCUUCCCCUUCCCGCCUCCGCCGCAGCCACAGGAUGGAGAUCGACAGGGCCACAAGCGCCGCCGCUGCGGGGGGCUCCUCCUCCACCGACGCGAUGGCGGUGGACCGCGUGGCGGGCGGUGUGGAGAAGCCGCGGUUCGAUGCGCUGAUGCCGAGCGAGAUGAGCGGCGGGAGGCCCCAGUUCCGGAAGGUGCCCGUUCCGCAGCAUCGCUUCGCGCCGCUCAAGCGGUGCUGGAUGGAGAUCUACACCCCCAUCUACGAGCACAUGAAGGUCGACAUCCGCAUGAACCUUAAGGCAAGAAGGGUGGAACUGAAAACAAGGCAAGACACACCAGACGUGAGCAACCUUCAGAAAUGCGCGGACUUUGUGCAUGCUUUUAUGCUUGGAUUUGACAUUGCUGAUGCUGUUGCCUUGCUUCGUCUCGAUGACCUGUAUGUGGAUUCCUUUGAGAUCAAGGAUGUGAAGACACUCCGAGGGGAGCAUCUGUCACGUGCCAUUGGUCGUUUAUCAGGGAAAGGAGGCAAGACCAAAUAUGCCAUUGAGAACUCUACCAGGACCCGCAUAGUUAUCGCUGAUACAAAGAUACAUAUACUUGGAUCCUUUGUUAACAUCAAAGUUGCUCGGGAUUCACUUUGCAGUCUCAUCUUAGGUUCUCCUGCUGGCAAAGUGUACUCUAAGCUAAGGGCUGUAUCUGCUAGGUUGGCGGAAAGGUAUUAAAUGGAUUUUGCUCCGGUCAUAUGGUUGCAGUUUUGAUCACAUAAUAUGUUGUUAUCGUCGCUGCUUUGUGUGUUGGGGCUAUUUAUUGUAUCCUUCUGAAGAACAAACGAUAUGAUGCUGAGAGAUCUGAAUUGAUAUGCUGUGUAUUGUUGUGCUUGUCGGUCAACAGAAACAGUCGAGCUGUGCCAGUGUUACUGUAUGUUUUAGGGAGGAACGACUGCAUUGCAUGUUAUAAUCUUGUUGCUGUGUGUUGAUGUUCA